AUGGACGCCCUGACCUGGCCUGGCCUGCAUGUCGAUAAGGAGCAGCGUUCUAAUUAUAUCCAGAGUCUAGCCAAGGCCUUCCCCUACGACCGGAAUCCUUGUGUGCCCAACUUUGGCGCGGCCGCAACACCCAUCAAUCAUGGCGCUGCUUAUGACAGGCAGACAUUUCUGACCCCCUCCACUGCGCGCCACCCUCUCUGCCGUGCUGCGCCCAAUGAAGAGACCGCAGCCGGCAUGCGAUUCGCAGCGCCCAUCUGGACGGAGCUUUUUAGUGUCUACCCCAGUCAUGGCCCGUUCGCUCCCGCGGACAGGGCUGGCUCAACCACGCGGCGGCGUCUCCACCCUCGUCUCUCCUCCCGACAUGGUUCUGUCAGCCUCGGACCGGGUCUAGCUGCGCUGUGGGAGCUCUGGUUGGCCUGGGCGUGCGCCAGAGGGAUUGCUCGCACGUCCGUGUACAGGUACCCAGUACGAGCGGCGCGCGAGCUGAUGCUGUCGACACCGCUUUGA